AUGUCGUACUCUCUUCCCCCUGCAGCCGAACCAACUACCGAAGGGCUGGACUUCACCGAUAAGCCCUACCACACCUCUCGUAUCGAUCCUGUGGCACGCUUUCAUGGAAACGUCCAGCAGGUCAAACGCUUUAUCGACGAGAACCUUUCGAACUUUUCUCGGCUCAACCAAAAAGUUCUGUUCCUUUUUGGCGACAAUGCCACCUUUCCCUGUCAACCAGUUUUGAUCGACGCUACGUCACUCCCUCCUGUCGUCAGCACCACUAUUCCCGAUUCCUCCAACCCACCGCACCAUACAAUCACCAUACUUCCCGAAUAUGUUCUCGACGCAAUCGAAGGACGUAUGCACACGCAGCACGCCUUUGGUAAGCGCGCCAAGCCACCCACCUACGGCGCGAUCCCUGCGUGCUUUAGCCCCGGUGGCGUCCCGGGGUACUGCGAAGGCGUCGUAGAGCCGGACGCGCUGCCCAAGCCGACCGAGGACGUGGCGCAGCUGAAGCGAGACCUGACGAGGUGGGGGUAUGCGAUUUGCGCCAACGCGUUGUCGGCCGAGCAGGUGCGCAUCCUCCGCAGGGCGGUGGAGGAGCAGGCCGAGGCGGAGAAGCUGGUGGGUGUUGGGCAUUUGGAUUCGGCGCACAAGAAGGACGGGGAUCAACCGAACCAACGAGUCUGGAACCUUCCCAACAAAGGCGACGAAUUCCUCGAUCUUCUCAACCACCCGAUUAUCGAUGCCAUUUUACCCUGGUUCCUAGGUGGCAAUUUCAGCCUCUUCACCAUGUCGGCUAACAUCGCACGGCCAGGGACCUCCGGGAUAUAUAUGCACAGGGACCAAAUGGGACUUACGCCGGACACUACCGCACAUGCCUAUGUGCUGAAUAUGAUGUGGUAUCUAACAGAUGUUACGGAUGAGAAGGGAGCCACCAGGAUAUAUCCUGGAAGUCACGUUGCUCAUGUCAUACCCGAGGAGAUAGAGGGAGUGGGCAAAUCAAUCCCAGCAGCCGCACCCGCGGGAUCCUGUGUGCUACUCGACAGCAGGACCUGGCAUUCCACGGGCGUAAACACAACAGAAGAGACGCGGCCGGUCAUUCUGCAGUCGUGGUGUCGGUUCUUUGUGCGGCAGAUUGAAAAUUUCCAGGCGAAUCUGAGUGAGGAGGUCAAGGCCAGGCUAUCGGACCGUCAGCGCGCUAUACUUGGUCUCCCAAAUAUGAAACCGGCUGGCAAAGGGCAGGGCUUUGCGAUAUAUGACUGGCCGGGCACACAAGUGGGCAGGAUGAGAGCUGCUGUAAAGGGUCAAUAG